AUGUUUUGCUACACGCACUACAUAAAUAAGACUGCAGUUGAAAAAGAAUGUACUUUUUCAAAGCUUUUCAACGGAUAUGUUUUUCACUUAUUGCAAGACUUUUUGAAAUGUGAAGUUCAUUCCAACCCCCAUAAUAAAUUCUGGAUAGAGUCUGAAACAAAGUUCAAGUCGAGUUUUAUGUAUCUUUGUGAAAUCGCUACAAAGCAGAAUCUUAAAGAAAUGGAAGCUCUACCGGAUAGAGAUGAGUUAAAUUUUCCUGUUUCAUUAAGUGAUGCUAUUAAAACAGAGGAUGAAGCCAGUAGUGAUCAUAUCCAUCUUGCAGCAUCAUCAUUCUUGCCAGAACCAAAUAAAACCUAUGCAGCCUGUGAAAAAGACACUGAUACUGAGAAAUUUCGCCAAGGUCUUAAAUAUCAUGAUAUGGAAAGCUAUGUGUCACAAAGAGACCACAAAAUAGGUGUUGGUCUUUUUAAUACCGAUGAAAUUGAAGAUUUGCCACCAAGACACAAAAAGAAGGUUGCUUCUGCUUAUGAGAAAUUAAGAACAUAUGAAUUAUAUUUACUAAAGAAGUCUAAGGCUAAUGAUCCUAAUAUACUACCUCCCCCAGAUUUAUUUAGUCAUGAGACUGAUCAUGAUAAUGUUUGUUUACUAACUAAAUCAACAGAAAAUUUAAAUACUGAGUCUGAUUUAGUGUUUGAUUGUAAUGCUCCUCCAGGUAAACCCCAAAAUAAACUAAGACAAUAUGAUAAAGGCAAUAAAUCUUACAUUCAAGAAAGCUUAAAUGAAACCCUAGUGAACUUAGACUCAAAUAAUGUUAUGAAUAAAGAAUUUUCAAGCAAUUCAUCAAAUACUUCUGUAUCUACAUUAAGCAACAAAAAUUUUAAUAGUAUGUAUGGCAAAAAAGAGCAAUUUUCAAUGAGCCAUACUCCACAAAAGAAGAGAUAUAUCCGCUCGCAACUUGCUAACUGUUCUCAAUAUGGCAGGGAAAUUGAUAGAAUUAAUUCUAGAGAAGAAAAAAGAAUUGAUGCCUCAAAAAUGCCACAAGUUAAAGAUAUAGGAUUUUUCUUACAUAUCACAGUAUCUGAGAAUUCUAAAAAAUUAGAUAUGUGGAAGUUAUUUUUCAGUAAUCAUUUAAGGUCCAUAAACUUUGAUGUCUUUAGGUGUUGUGAUUUUGCUGAAUCUUUUAUUCUUCAGUUUGAUACUAAUGAAGAUGCUUCAAAAGCUCAUUGGCAACUCUAUAAAUUAAAACAUAGGAACAAGGAUAUUUCUAAACUUCAUAUUAACUCACUGAGUUCAGUGAAGAAACAUCUGAUGAGACCUUGUUUGUGUGAGAAUGUCUUAAUUGAGCAAUGUGAUAAGUAUUUUGAUGAAUUCGCCUGUAAAUAUAUUUCUACUCAUAAAGCUAAAAUGGAUACAAUUAUAGAUGAAUUAAAUUCGUUAAAAUUUCAGAAGUCUGGUAACACCCCCAACGAGGCAUAUUUAAGUUUAAAAGAUGCUUUUGAUACUCUCAGAGCUAUGGAGACAGUUUUUAAAAAUUAUGUUAGAAAAGCUAAAGACUUGGCAAGUCAGUGUUCUGUGUCAGAGUCAGGAUCUACUGAAUUGAAAAAACUUAAGUUAAAUUUUAGUAGAGAGUGUAAUUCUUUUGAAAGAGGCUUACCAAUAUAUUCUCAAAAAGACAUCAUUCUCAAUGCCAUUAAAAACUAUCCUGUAUCUGUUAUUGUUGCCGAAACUGGGUCAGGAAAAAGCACUCAGUUGACUCAAUACCUCCUGCAAACUUCAUUUGCCGAUAAUGGUUCUAUUAUUUGCACUCAACCACGAAAAAUAGCUGCAGUCAGCAUUGCUAAAUUUGUAUGUACUCAGGUAGGAUCUUCAGUAGGAAAAGAAGUGGGAUAUGAUGUUGGAAUUGAAAAGAAGUUUGACGAAUCAACUAAGAUUAUUUAUAUGACUGAUUACGCUUUAUUGAGAAAGUGUUUGCGAAAUAGAAAUCUGAAAAGAGUAUCGUGUGUCAUUAUCGAUGAAGCCCAUGAGCGAACUCUUUAUACGGAUUUAUUGCUUGGUUUGUUGAAGCAGUGUUUAGGGUAUAGGCAAGAUUUGAGAAUCAUUAUAACAUCAGCGACUAUAAAUCCAUCCGUAUUUGUUAAGUAUUUAAAUCUUCCAGAUGGUGCAGUUAUAAAUGUGCCUGGACGUGCUUACCCUGUUGAAAUAAUUUGGUCAGAACAUAAUGUAAAUAAAGAAAAUAUGUAUAUAAAGGAAUGUGUCAAAACAGCUGUUAGGGUGCACCAAAGAGAAUCGAAAGGGGAUAUUCUUGUAUUUUUGUCAUCACCAGCAGAAACUGAUGAAGCUAUUUUAUUGUUUGAAGAAAUGUGUCCUGAUAAAAAUAUGCUAGAGCUAAUGAGUUUACAUGGCAAGUCUGAUAUAAAAGAUCAAAUGCUUGUUUUUGAAACUAGUACUAAUGAUAGACGUAGAAUAAUUUUUGCUACUAACGCUGCUGAGACUUCAUUAACUAUUCCUGGAAUUAAAUACGUAAUUGAUAGUGGAAUGGCUAAAGAGAUGAUCUUUUACCCAGAAAAAAAUAAAAGUUGCUUGAUGCCAACUUUAAUUAAUAAAAGCUCUGCUGAACAGCGAAAAGGUAGAGCUGGACGCACUCAACCCGGAGUCUGUUAUCGUUUAUACUCUAAAAAAGAUUUUGAAAAUAUGCCUGAACGAGCUCUCCCAGAGUUGCUGAAAACAGAUUUACUUAAUGCAUUAUUGAAAGUUUAUGAAUUUGGUAUUAAACCCAGUAGUUUCGAUUUUGUGGAAUCUCCAUCAAAAGAAGCCAUAACAAGAUCAAUCAAUUCAUUAGAGGUUUUGGAAUUGAUUGAAAAGAAUGAAUUAACAGAAUUAGGAAAACAAGUUGUUCAGCUUUCUAUAGAACCUAGACUUGCUAAAUUUAUUCUAUUAGGUGUAAAAUUUGGCAUGGGUCAUGAGGCUGCUAUAAUUGCGGCUCUAGUUUCUGAAGCAGGAAGGAUAUUUUUGAGAUUUAAUGACAACAAAGAAACAUCUGAUCGAAAGAAAAGAAACUUUUGCCAAGAAAGUGGUGAUCUAUGUACUUUUUUAGAAAUUUAUAAAACAUGGCUGGAAGUGUCCCAAACAGAUCGAUUUAACUGGUGUGUUUCAAACUGUGUAAGCUUCAAAGCAUUAAGCUCUGCUCGCAAGACGGUCAAAGAAAUUUUAUUCACUCUGCGACAAGACCUCGGUAUUAAAGUAUCCAGUCAAUAUAAUAACUUAUCUUUUAAAAAUAAUUUUGAAACAAUUCUUUUUAGCAGUUUUAUUGAAAAUUUAUGUAUAUAUUCAGGGCAUGCUUCCUUUGGGUAUCGGUCUCCCAACAUCAAUGAAUCGUUAUUUAUUCAUCCAUCCUCGUCAUUGAAAUACCUCAGAACAGUACCUCCUAAAUUCCUUGUAUAUACAGUUUUUAUGGAAACUUCAAAGAAUUAUAUCCUUGAUGUAACACCCUUAAAAGAAGAAACAGUUAACGAGGCAUUUUUGAAAGGUAAUUAUACUGUUGAAAAUCUAAAACAGCUACAAAUUCCACCCAUAACUUUGGGACCUUUUGGAGAAAAAAUUCUGUCUCAUUGCAUUUUAGGUGAAGGAGGCUCUGUAAUUAAUAAUAUUGAGUAUCUGUUAAAAAAAUUAACUGAAAUUAGAAAUCUUAGAAUUGACAUUUGUAGAGACAAAGGAUUGAUUAUUGUUCACGUUGUGGAAAAAUUUCAUCAAAUAGUGUCUAAUUUUAUUCAAGAUAUAGUGAAUGAGGAAAGGGAGAAAAUGGUACAAGAGACUGAUGUCAUCAAGAUGGAUGAAGGAUUUUAUUACUAUUGUUUAUCGACAGGUGGAUUGAUUCAUGAUAUAGUAAUGCCUGGAGAAUUUCGUGAGAUCACGAUUGAGCCCAUCGACCAAAGAUCGAUAAGUGAGUUAGAAUCUAUUUUGAGGCAAUUUGGUCCAAUACAGACUCUUGAGAAAAAAAACUUAAAAUAUAAACAUAGUAUUAAUGUGACUUAUUUAACUGUUUCUGAUGCCCAAAAUGCUCUCAAAUGUUUAAAUAAAAAAAAUGUCAAAGGUGUUAGGGUUCAAAAUAUUGUUCCAAAAGUCAAUAAAUCUUCUAAGCCUUUAUAUAAACUCAAGUUUAAAUGGCCUCGUUUGCUUGCGAAAGGUACUGGUUCCAUAUUUUUCUCCUCUGCUGAGGAUCGUGUGUUGGUUUCUGGAAAAUUAUCUACCAAAUCUUUGUAUGUUGAUAGCAAUCAUAUCAAUGUGACACCCUCUCAAAAUGAUCUCUGUCUUAACUUGAAAAAUAUACCUCAAUCAGCAAACGAAAGAUUGCUUCAAGAAAAAAUAUCUGAAGCACUUCCCGAUUUCUUAAGGGAACUUGUAAAAGGUGUUGAAAUAUAUCGACGGGACUCUUUAGCUGUUUCAGAAAAUGAUAUUGUUAAAAUUAAAGAGCAGCUGCAUCAGAGCCUGAGUAGGUUCACUCCUCCGAACAAAGUUGCUGUUAACGUUGUGUACCCAACAUCUACUUCCAAAAAUUAUGAAGCAUUUGCUUAUUUUGAGUGCUAUGAGGAUGGAAGAACUGCAUUUCAGCAAUUGAAAGGUAGGCUCAAGCUUAACAACAUUCAAGUUGAUAUUUUGGAGAUAUUGCAGUCACAGGUUGAAUGCAAGGAGCAUGUAUAUAAUUUUCUGCGGAGGGAUAUACAAAGUGUUAUCACAAAACAGGAAGGAAAGGUUAAUGUAACAAAGUUGUCUGACUCUCUUGAAGAUAAAGUUGCUAUUGAAUUUUCUUGCGGAAGUAUUGAAAAACUUAAAACCAUAAAUAACAAGAUUUUAAGUCUGGUGUGUGCCCGUAAAGUAGAAUGCAGCCGUAACAAAAAAUAUUUUUAUCUCUUCACUGAUAGUGGUAAGAAAAAAUUAGAUGAAAUCCAAGCUCGGACAAAAACUCUCAUCGAAUGUGAUUCUGAUAGCAAAAUUGUUUUUAUAUAUGGUCAAAGUGAAAUGCGUUAUAAGGCUGAAGCAGAAAUUCAUUCGUUCAUUGAAACAGCAAAGUUACUCAAGACAAAGAUCUUUGAUCUGAAAAGCUCGCAGAUACCGCCAGGCUUUUUGAAAAAACUUUAUUCUAGAUAUGGAUUUGAUUUGUAUGGCCUAAUCACGAAAUUUGAUUUAAAAACAGCGAACAUUGAUAUGAAAUUUGGUAAUCUUACAGUUGAAGGUGAAUUUCGCAACAUUAAUAAAGUUGAAGAGCAUUUAGAAGAUAUUUGUGCCAAGCUUUAUACAAGGAAUCCAAAGAAAGCAGAUGAUGAUGUUGGAUGUGGUAUGUGUGCUAUAUGUCUAGAUCCUGUAAACAUUGAUUAUUAUAGACUUGAAAACUGUGGUCAUUCCUUCUGCAAAUCCUGUCUAAUUUUACAACUAAAAAGCAAGAUUAUUCCUGUUACUUGUGCUCAAGAGAAUUGUGGACAACCAUUUUUCCUUAUUGACAUCAAUAAAAUUUUGUCUCUUGAGAAUGAAAAGCUUAGACGAGAAUUUCAAAAUGCAGCUCUUCAACAUCAUGUCAGUACUCAUGCUGGUCAGAUCAGCUAUUGUCACACCCCAGGCUGCCGUGCUGUCUAUCGAGUUUCCAAGAAAAGUGAUAUUAUUUACCAUUGCCCUGCUUGUUUAAAUGACAUCUGUGCAUAUUGUCAAACAUUCUCCCAUAAGGGCAUGGACUGUGAUAUUUUCCAGAAUUCAAAAGAGGAUGAAGACUAUUCCUUAAAAGUAUGGAUGAAAAAUAAUAAAUCAUGUAAACAGUGUCCCAACUGUAAAAUGAUCAUUGAGAAAACUGAAGGUUGUAAUCACAUGAAAUGUUUCAAUUGUAAAAGCCACUUAUGUUGGUUAUGUUUGGAAAUAUUUAAGUCUGGUGCUCUUGUGUAUGAUCAUUUACCUUUCUGUCCGAAAAACCAGACUAGUUAAGGUGCCUCCUAACAUUUAGGAUAACUAUGUUGCAAAUUAUAAUUUUCUGUCUAAGAAUAAUUUUUAACAAAAUAUCAUAAAAGAUAUUGUUUUCUGUGAUAUACCUAAGUUAUUAAAUUGUGAUCUACUUAGUUUUUUUUUUACAAGUUUGAUUGGUUGUUAA